CACACAACACACACAUAUAUAUACAUCCGGCCAUUUGCAAGUCUGUCAUUUUGCAAGUAUAUCAUUUCACAAAACACCACUUAAUAUAUACUCCGUAUAAUCACUAGUUCUUUUCCAUCUUGAAAUCUUAGCUUGCGAUUUUGUAUCUUAACAUUCUUUACAACAGAGAGAGAGACAAAAACUCACUUUGUACACUGAUCCUUUUGAUGAUCACUAUUCUUUCACGAUCUAUCUCCAUUUCCCAAUAUAAUCAAUCUUGUGCUAUUUAGCCCGGAAACUCUUGACAAAGAGUACGUUUCCGUUUCAGAAACUCUUUAGAAACUCUCCAAACAUGCUCUUUUGAGCAAAAGUUGACGUUUAUCAUUUUCCGUUUCCUCAAGAUUAUAUUUUCGCAUUUCCGUGCAACAUCGAUCUUGUGUUAAAUUUAAUUUCUCUAAUCAAGUUUAAUCAAUUAGUUACUGAGUUAAUUGCAUUGGUAGCAUUGGAAGAAAAGAAUUGAAGCUAAGCUAAGAUGGGAAUUAUAACAACUCUUGAGUACCUGUCUGAGAAGCUCAUAGGUAGAAUUGGAACCAAGAAAAGCAAGAAGAGGAAGAGGAAGCAGUUGAGCACAGUGUCAAUCAAGAUCAGAAUGGAUUGUGAAGGUUGUGUGCGUAAAGUCAGGAACGUCCUCUCUAAAGUCAAAGGAGCACAGAAUGUGGAAGUGGAUAUGAAACAACAAAAGGCAACAGUCAGAGGGUUUGUAGAUGCAAAGAGAGUGAUGAGAGCUGCAAAAUCAACUGGGAAGAAGUGUGAGAUUUGGCCAUAUGUGCCCUAUGGUUUAGUGGCACACCCUUAUAUGCCAGGGGUUUAUGACAAGAAAGCCCCCCCUAAUUAUGUGAGGGCAUCCUUUGACCCAUCCAUUGCUUAUUUGGAUCCCAUGGAACAACAAUUCACUCUCAUGUUCAGUGAUGAAAAUCCUAAUGCUUGUUCUAUCAUGUAGUUUUAUUAUUACUCUUUCACUCUUGAAGUCUUUAAGAGGUUGUUAUAUGUAGCUCACUCCACACUCCCAUUUACCCUUUACAAUUCGGUUAAAAAUAAUGGUACAGAUUAAUUAGCAAUAUUUCUGUCACAUACAAUAUACAAAGGUAAACUAACAAAACAUUAUACAAUUAAGAGCAUGGUAAAUAAGACUCACAUUACCC